AUGCCGGUCAGGAAACCGAGCAGAUAUGGCUCCAAUGUGCGGUUUUCCAAAGAUUCGUCUCGACGACCCCGGACGAAAACCGUCGAUGCAUCCUCACUCCGCGCUACGGAAGGAACCUCACAAGAUGAAAAGAUCCAAGCCACGCGACUGGCAAACAGCAUAGAUGAGGCUAUGGGAUUUCCCAGAUAUGAUGCAGGAAGGAAAAGAGUCGGGUGGCUCUAUAACAUGCAUAGUACAACAAUCGAAGAUUCCAAGGUCCCAGGCGGCCGUGCGGGAGUCGACUUCUACUUCAUCGGGGACAAUGGCGAAAACUUCAAAGCCACGGUCGAAUAUGACCCAUACUUCCUGUUGGCCGUGAAAAGAGGGAGAGAAGCCGAGGUGGAGGAGUGGUGCAAAAGAAUGUUUGAAGGACUAGUCAAGUCAGUGUCUCGCGUUUCGAAAGAGGAUCUACAAAUGCCAAACCACCUGCUCGGAUACAAACGCACAUUCUUGAAGCUGACGUUCGCCAAUGUUUCCGAUCUGCUGUCCGUCAGGAGAACGAUAAUGCCUAUCGCCGAGAAGAACAAGGAGAAAGUGAAUGCCAUGGAUACUUACGCGGAGGUUGCAAGUGCCAACGCAGGUUUCGAUAUCUAUGACGAGGAAAACGCUGGCAACACACGCUCGAGCGGGGUUGCUGACGCCAGCGAUUUUAUCCUCGACAUCAGGGAGUACGACGUGCCCUAUCACGUCCGUGUGGCCAUUGACAAAGAUAUCCGCGUUGGAAAAUGGUACACAGUGGAGGCAAAACAUGGCUCAGUGUCUCUGACGUGUCUCGAAGAGCGGUUGCAAAGGGCCGAUCCGGUGGUGCUCGCCUUCGAUAUUGAAACGACCAAACUACCUCUCAAAUUCCCUGACUCAGUCAUCGACCAGGUUAUGAUGAUAUCGUACAUGAUUGAUGGGCAAGGAGUCCUCAUCACGAACCGAGAAAUUGUCUCCGAGGACAUCGCAGAUUUCGACUACACCCCAAAAGCCGAAUAUGAAGGCCCAUUCAUCAUCUUCAAUGAACCAAAUGAACGCGCGGUCCUUGAACGGUUCUUUGCUCACAUAAAAGAGGCACGACCGAACGUUAUCGCCACCUACAACGGUGAUUUUUUCGACUGGCCGUUUGUCGAAGCAAGAGCCAGUGUCCUGGGAAUCGAUAUGUAUGCGGAGAUCGGCUUCCGCAAAAACGGCGAAGAUAUCUAUCAGAGCGACUAUUGUGUCCAUAUGGACUGCUUUGCUUGGGUCAACCGAGACAGUUACCUGCCUCAGGGAAGUCGAGGCUUGAAGGCAGUGACCGUUGCUAAACUAGGUUACGACCCAGACGAGUUGGAUCCCGAGCUCAUGACUCCUUACGCAAGCGAACACCCACAGAUACUGGCCGAGUACUCGGUGUCCGAUGCCGUGGCAACCUACUACCUGUACAUGAAAUACGUCCAUCCUUUCAUCUUUUCUCUCUGUACGAUCAUUCCACUCAGUCCCGACGAGACGUUGCGCAAGGGAACGGGCACUCUCUGCGAGAUGCUGCUGAUGGUACAAGCGUACCAGAAAAACAUUGUGUUGCCGAACAAACACUCGGAACCGCGGGAAGCGUUCUGGGAAGGUCAUCUACUCGAUUCAGAGACAUAUGUCGGCGGCCACGUUGAAAGUAUCGAAGCAGGUGUCUUUCGCGCGGACAUACCAGUCAACUUCGCUAUCGACCCAACGGCCAUCGAUGAGUUGUUGCGUGAUUUAGACGCGGCCCUCAAGUUCUGCAUCACCGUCGAGGAGAAGAAGUCAUUGGACGACGUAAUGAAUUAUGAAGAAGUCCGGGCUCAGAUCAGCGAGAAGCUGGUUUCCUUGAAAGAAACGCCAAAUCGAAACGAACGCCCUUUGAUAUAUCAUCUGGAUGUUGCUUCCAUGUAUCCCAAUAUCAUGACGACCAAUCGCUUGCAGCCUGAUUCUAUGAAGGCUGAGGCCGACUGUGCGGCUUGCGAUUUCAAUCGCCCGGGAAAGACCUGCGACCGACGUCUACCAUGGGCGUGGAGAGGGGAGUUCUUGCCGACCAAGAGAGAUGAGUACAACAUGAUACGCCGAGCUGUCGCCAAUGAGACCUUUCCGGGGAAAUUCGCAAAGUCGGCCAGAAGGACAUUUCAAGAACUUAGUCUUGACGAACAAGCUGCAACCGUGCGGAAGAGACUCCAGGAAUAUUCCAAGAAGAUCUACCACAAGAUUCAUGAUUCGAAAACGAUCGAACGGGAGGCUAUCAUUUGCCAGCGAGAGAAUCCAUUCUACGUGGAUACUGUGCGUGACUUCCGUGACCGACGGUAUGACUUCAAAGGCCAGCAGAAGGUCUGGAAGGGCAAGACUGAAGCUCUCAAAUCAGCGAAUGCCACCGCGCAGGAGAUCGAGGAGGCGAAGAAAAUGAUUGUUCUUUACGACUCUCUCCAGCUCGCUCACAAGGUUAUCCUCAAUUCGUUCUACGGUUAUGUGAUGCGGAAGGGUUCAAGAUGGUAUUCCAUGGAAAUGGCAGGCGUUACCUGCCUCACUGGUGCUCACAUUAUCCAGAUGGCUCGAGAGCUUGUCGAACGCAUCGGUAGACCGCUGGAGCUCGAUACGGACGGUAUCUGGUGCAUGCUUCCAGCGACCUUUCCGGAAAAUGUUGUUUUCAGCCUGAAGAACGGGAAGAAGAUGGCAAUCUCAUACCCCUGUGUCAUGCUCAACCAUCUCGUUCACGGGCGGUUUACCAACCAUCAGUACCAGACUCUCGUGGACCCCGUGACGUUCAAAUACGAAACGACCAGCGACAAUUCGAUUUUCUUUGAAGUUGAUGGGCCUUACAAGGCAAUGAUUCUACCCACUUCGAAAGAAGAAGAUAAAAACUUGAAGAAGCGAUAUGCUGUCUUCAACCAUGAUGGCAGCCUGGCUGAGCUGAAAGGGUUUGAGGUCAAACGAAGAGGUGAAUUGAAGCUCAUCAAAAUCUUUCAGACCCAGAUCUUCAAGUUCUUCUUGGAAGGAACUACUCUGGCAGAAACAUAUGGUGCUGUUGCUCGGGUUGCGAACAGAUGGCUUGAUGUACUACACCAGCACGGUUCGACUCUCGCGGACGAGGAGUUGAUCGAUCUCAUUUGCGAAAACAAAAGCAUGACCAAGACCCUUGAAGAAUACGGAGCUCAGAAGUCCACCUCCAUCACCACCGCGAAGCGAUUGGCCGAGUUCCUGGGAGAUCAAAUGACCAAGGACAAAGGCUUGAAUUGCAAGUACAUCAUUUCGGCAAGACCCAGAAACACCCCCGUCACUGAUCGAGCUAUUCCGGUUGCAAUAUUCUCCGCCGAAGAGGGCGUAAAACGAUACUUCCUGAGGAAAUGGUUGAAAGAGGAUCCCGCAGACAUGGAUCCUAGGACGGUGAUCGACUGGGACUAUUACCUGGAACGUCUCGGGUCUGUAAUUCAGAAGCUCAUCACCAUCCCAGCGGCUUUACAGAAGAUCAGAAAUCCAGUGCCUCGGGUUGCGCAUCCCGAAUGGCUUCAGAAGCGGAUCAACGUGAAGGACGACAAGUUCAAGCAAAAGAAGGUGACUGAUCUGUUUGAGAAGAAGCCACUGGCUGAGCGGUCGGUCAAUCUCCUUGACCAUCGACUUGCUGCGUCAGGCGACAUUGAGGAUGCUUUAAAUUCGUCGCUAGAGCCGACUAUGCAGCUCAAUAAGCCAGCCAAGAGAAAAGCCGACGAAGCUGCCCACCUGUCACUUGUUGAUCCUUUUGCGACACUGCCUCCUAAUCCUCCCGCAAUCGACGAAGACUACAGCGGCUGGCUGGACUACCAGAAACAGAAGUGGAAGAUUCAGAAACAGGCAAGGGCCCGACGCCGUCAACUAUUCGGCGAGCGACCAAAUGCUGCCACAGAUUCAAUUAGCAGCUUUUUCCGCAACCAAGCUGAGUUGCUGUACAUCAACACCUGGCAUGUUCUUCAGCUGCGUCAAGGUGAUUCACCCGGCGAGGUCACAGCCUUUGUGGCAAUCGGAAAGAAGAUUCAUGCAUUGAAGAUUAAAGUGCCUAGGACACUCUACCUCAAUCUUAAAGGCGACGAGCUCCCGAAUGUGGAGGUUCCUGGUUGUGAAGUUGAGAAAGUCAACCACACUCUGCCGAACGGCCACCCGUCGGUCCACUUGUUCCAAUUGACCAUGGCGGAAGACGUUUAUCUACGAGAGUCCGAGUCUAUCUCGUUGCUCUGUAAUCACCCCAGCGUCGAAGGCGUCUAUGAACGUCAACUGCCCCUGUUCAUGCGUGCAUUGCUUAAAUUGGGCAAUAUGUGCUCGUUUGACGAGGAGCAGAAGGGUGUACUUGGGAAAGGCCUCGAGAAUGGCUUUGACUUAUCGGCACUGCUGAGGAAUCCCUCGCAGUCGACGUACCUGGAGGAACCCAGCUCCUUUGCGUACGUCUAUGUCUACCAUGUGGCUGCGGGAGAUAGAAACGUGUUUGCUCUAUUCUCUACCGCCAGGUCCGACGCACACAUAGUUGUCCUGAGCCGAAGCCGUGACGCCCAACUUCCCAACGCCGACAAGAUUUACGCCGAGCAAUACAGACAGAAGUCCCCGGAGAAUGCGCUGGUGGACGAGAUUUUCCAGUACCAAUCCAACCUGACCUUCAAGGUAUCUCAGGUCACCACGAAGCGGAAAGCAAACCUGGAGAUUGCAGACGUGCUCAAACAGUGGCGAUCUGACGAGUCGAAGCCGACGGUCCUGCUCUUGCAGACGACCUCGCAUAAGCAAUUGGUUCACGACAUCCGCAUCAUGAAGGACUAUCCUGUACUGUCUUUACCAACAGAGCAAGCCGACGCAGACUUGCCUUCACUGGGAUGGCAGGGAUAUGCUUUCAAACAGUUGAUUUCUCACUAUUUUAACGUCGCGGGCUGGCUCACACACCUGAUCGAGCUUGCACGAUAUGGUGAAGUACCACUAUGCAACCUGGAAAAGGAUGAUCCUCGAUUCCUUAUCGACCUGGCCUAUGCGCGACGGCUGAAGAGGGCCAAUGUCGUGCUCUGGUGGUCGGAGCAACCACGACCAGAUCAUGCUGGUUAUGAACGGGACGAUAUUCUAGGUCCACUCACCGAGGUGGUUGAGAUGCCCGCGAUUAACAAUCCCGGCGCCUAUACGUCGGUGUGUGUGGACGUGACCGUGCAAAAUCUGACCAUCAACACUAUCUUGACGUCGUCCAUCAUCAACGACCUCGAAGGCUCUGCCGAGUCUGUAGCCUUCAAUCCUGCCGGCGAAGAAGACCCAAUUGCCAAUGCUAGCAUGGUGAAAUCGAAUGGGGGCUUCGCUCAGGCGGCGCUCGAAGUACUGCGAGAAAUGGUGAAAGCAUGGUGGGCAGAAGCAUGUCGAGGCAACCGAUUGGCAGAUGUGAUGGUGUCGCACUUGGUGCGGUGGGUAGAGGCGCCUGCAUCGUGUCUCUACGACCGUCAUCUGCACUACUAUGUGCAAAUGAUGUCGAAGAAGGCGCUGCAACAAUUGAUUACGGACUUCCGGCGCGUCGGGUCCCAAGUCGUGUUUGCCAGUUCCACGAGACUGCUUCUGCAGACAUCCAAACAAGAGGUGGAGAACGCGUACGCGUACUCACAGUACAUUCUGAAGUCGAUUCAGCAGAAGCCCCUGUUUCAUUUCCUGGGACUUGAGGUCAAGGAUUACUGGGACGUCCUCCUUUGGUAUGACGCAUACAACUAUGGAGGGAAAGGGACUUCGACAAUCACCGAAGGAACCAGCAACGCAGACCUCGAGACAAUCGUCCACUGGCAGCUUUCACAGUUUCUUCCGGUUCCAUUACAAUCUGUUUUCGACGACUGGGUCAUCUCCUUCAUCGACUUGCUGCACAGUUUGAAGAGGCCCGCCAACACGUCGUCGGCGACCCCUCGAGCAACACAGGUGCCGUCCGGGUUCUUGAGUCUGACCGAAGACCCUACGAGCACUGAAGUGACGACAGUCCUACAGGACGACUUCUCCAAGCCAUUGAAGAAGCAAAUAACGGCGCUGAUCCGACGGCAGCGCGAAGAAAUGCUCCAUCCCGAACUUGCCAGUGACUGGUCUUUCCCUUCGUUGCCCGGGGGCACAUUGGAAGCAACUGACACACGCCACUCGCGCGAUCCUGUUCUCGAGCUGGUCAAAGGCUUGAUGCAGAUCAUUUCGUUGUCGAAACCGCUCCAACUAGAAGCUCGACUGCUGCGGAAAGAACUGCUAGCCCUCUUCGACGUGCGCGAGUUUGGCCGUGAAGCUCGAUUCGAGAACCCCAGCGCCAGUCUUCGCUUCGAGAAUCUAGUCUGCGACACGUGUACCAUGACGAGAGAUCUGGAUUUGUGUCGAGACGAAGAUGUUCUGCCUGACCCCGAAAGCGGGCCCGAAGAUGCAGCCAACAAACCCUGGAGGUGUCCAGCGUGCCAGAGUGAAUACAACAAAAUCGCACUCGAGGAGAACCUGAUUGCGCGGGUGCAGGCGUCGCUGUUGAGCUGGCAGAUGCAAGACUUGAAAUGCAAGAAAUGCGGCACUCUGCAAGGUGACGACUCUCUGUUCCAUGAUCACUGCACUUGUGGUGGCGAAUGGACGGGGACUAUGGAUAGAGGCGACAUCCGUUCAAACAUGAGGGUGAUGGAGAGGGUGUCUUCGGCCUACGGUUUGCGUAUGCUCUCGGGGGUUCUUGAAGGCGUGAAGACGAUGUGUAUGACUUGA